UUGGCUAUUCUUUUCCUUUCCAUAAUUAAAUAUAAUAAAUGAAGAAAAUCGGCACUCGCGAAGCAGAGGUAGGCACGAAGUGAUUACUGUUUUCACUCCAAAAGAAAGAGAAAGACCGAUAGGGGGAGCACAGUGGAGCUACAGACUUUCACUCCUCUCAUGGUUCAGAAAAGUAAAACACUCGCUCCCUACUCACCUCAGGUAGUACUUAACAUAGUCCUAACUCAACUGCCAGGAGUUUCAGAGAGAAUUGGUUUGCAGCGCAGCGGCUCUUGACCAAAGCCUACCUUUCCCUUUUCUUUGCAUUGAAUUUCAUUGCUUUAGGCGAGCUAUUAAUUGAACAGGCCGCAUCUCAAUACGAUCCUUUUCAUGCUCUGAUACCGAGGAUGGGUUCUUUUCUGGUAGCUAGGUAAAGGAACCUGAUAGCAUUAUCUUUUUAUUUUGCUAGCGCAAGGAAUCGUUGUCUUCGUACGCUUCUAUUCGUAGUCAUCUAUUCGUAGAAAUUGUAGGAUGCCGUUAGCGAAGCAUCUUCACGGGUUUCUGCUUGGUUGGUAUUUUUUCCUGCCAUUUCAUCCGUGAAAGCUCAAGUAGUUUCGGUUUUUUCAUCUAUUUAUACCGCUUCUCGCAAGGAAGAGGCCCGCUUCAGUCAAGGCCAAGGUUGUAGUUCCGAGAAAGGAUAGUACUUCUGUUCCUCUACGGGAUAUACGGCAAAGGUUUCGCAAUAGUUGUAGAGAAAGUCCAUCCCUCAAUCACGGGACAAUCCUCCAGGGCAAAGGUACUUCCAAAGCAGACAAGGUUCAUCUGUGCAUGAAAGGAAUGAAACAAAUUCAAUAGAUUCAAUAGGGUCAUCCCCACCGAGAUCGGUACCUAUCUAGAUCCCCAGCUUCGACAAGGCGUCCUCCUUCGCAUUUUGCGACCAUUCCCACGAGGACUACGAUUCGGAUUAUCUAAUGUCAUCCCCAAACAUAAUUACACCUUUUAAGAGGAAGGGACGGCCACAGCUGGCGGAGCCAAGCAUCGGAUGUAGUUCCUCGAAAGCAAUUCAAAGGCACGGGAUAGACGCACGAUUUCAAUCAAUUCUCUAGUUGUAUAGUAGUAGAACCGGUGCACGGCAGGGACGAAGUUCUGUUAGAGGGUAUCCAGCUGUUGAAGCUUGGCAGUGGAAUCCCUUACUCCUUGAAUCAAAUAGAAUGUAGUAAGGGUUGUAGCAUAGGCUGAGAAAAGAAUAGAUCAAUAAGACAAGGCUUUCACCAGAGAAAGACAGUCUUCCCCGAGAAGACAGGGUUUAUCGAUAAAGAAACACCUUUUAAACCCUUAUUGACCAGGUGCGUGCUGAAUUCAUAGGGUUAUUAAUGAGGACACAGAGCAACAAAGGGUAUAGCUACUCUCGAGUACUAUCUCGAUUGAAGUAUUACCAAUCGUUGGUGAUAACAUCGUGCUUGAAUGUAUUAGUGGGAGAGUGGAAGGGUUAGUAGGUUGAAGAAUGGAAAGACUCUUAUAUUCUGUCUCAGACAGUUGAUGAAUCAUGGUGAUAGGUAAUGAUGUGUAGUGGUGGGCUGGGGUUACUUGUAUUCUCCAUUUCUGCUGUGGAUAGAUUCCUUUGCAAACAUAGUGAAGUGAGUUUGAUCAAUUCAUUCUAUUUCGUUGAUAGCCUCACACGCACCUUUUGUUUACUUAUCUUUUGAACCUUUUGUUUACCUAUCUUUUGAAGUGGUAAUAGCAAUAGCAAUAGAAAUAGGAAUAGGAAGACGAUCAUCAUUGCUGGUGGUAUCCCCUCCUAACCGUGGCUUUCGGGGGAAGAGCGCCCCUUGAGAAGGGAUGGGAGCGAAGCCUACGUUGAUCUAUGAGACCUCGUUCCAAAGUCUUUUUCCAAAAGAGCACAUCCCACUUCUAACUUCAAUCUUCGAGGAAAUUUGGCUAUCUUGUGUUUAUUCUAUUUGCUAAUUGAUAGAUUUAUUUUUCUGUGUAACAGGAGGCCCGGGCAUUGUUAGGUAGACUGGAAACAUCAGAGAGGAAAUUUUGAUGCAGCAUUGCGGGUUCUUCAGGGAAUUGAUAUAAGAAGUUUGAGGCCACGAAUGACCAGUGCUAUUGCUGAAAGUAUCAAGUCUAGAGUGCCUCCACGUUCUUCAAGAAGGAAAACCUCACAAGUGAACGGAAUGCUAAUGCAUAUGUCAAUGCAUUCUGUAAGCUUGCUUCUAGAGGCCAUAUUGCUUAAAGCAAAGUCAUUGGAAGGCCUUGGUAGAGUAACAGGUAGGUAUUAACUAGAUUUUUCUUUUCCUUUUACUAACAUUCUGCCUUUAUUCUACUUCUUUCUCGUCUGUGUCAAUGAGAAGUAAGAGUAUUCUCGUACUACGAAGAAUAGGCAAAUCUUUGAUUUGGAAGAGUUUUUUACUCAUAUCUUUUUUUCAGGGAAAUAUGCCUUUAAGAGGAAAUGAGUGACUUUCUGCCGGAGAAUAGUAGUCAUCUGUACUCGUCUUUUGUCCUUCCAUACUUACUAAGCAAACUAGGUCACACCUGGACAACUAGGGAACAUAAGCGGGUGAUCUAAUCAGUGGGGAAAGCUGUUCAUAAGGACCGGUGAGAUGGUACUCCCCUGUGGUAUCCCAAUAACCGUAUUCCCAUGGGCAUUUCCUCAAAAAUAGGCUGUUUUGAGAAAGGAAUCUAUUAGCUGCACAAGUCCAGAGUUGUGUGUACCCCUAGUGAAAGAGUGGAGGAGUUCAGACGCAUAUCGAUACCAAAGUGAGAAGCCUCUUAAUGAUGGAGAACCCGCCUCUGCCAAAUGCCCAAUACAAGCAAGCAGGGGGAGCGGAUUCCCAGAGAGAAUUCCCGUGUUACUCUGAUAUUAGAAAUAGAGGAAACUAGCACUUUAGAAAGAAUGCAGAAAAAUGAUGGAACUAGAACGAAGCUCUACAAAGUUCACAACUCACCAUUGCAACCGUAGGUGGAUACGCCUGCUGGACGGAGUCAGCAAAACCCAAAGCAAGAUAGAACGUAACGGAGACUUUCCGGAUCCCUCAACCUCCUAUCGGUAUGUAUGAGGCUUCGCCAACUUAGAAUACUGAAUUUAGGCAAGACCAACAGCUACUUCAUCUCCUGAUUUCAGCGUUCCGUCUUUACGUCCUGUGGUGGGGAAGUAUAGUGCAAUCUACGUCCAACCAUGGGUUCUAUCGGAAUAUCAUCGGUCUUACCACAACAUUCUCCAUUCCUGAAAAUUCCUCCUUGGGUAGAUUCUAUCAAAAAAUCCCAGUUCAACUUUAUUAGCCUAUCCUUAUAUGCUCCAAGGAUUCAGCCUGCUACUAUAUCCAAUCCAUCCGAGUUGUCCCAAUAAAGCGGAUUUUACUUUAAUACAUCUCAGUGUACUUUCCUUAUUGGUCUUACUCAGAUACUUACUCGGGUUAUUACAAUAUGGACAUAGUCAUUUAUUGCCCAGUCCACUUAUCUUUCUCCUUUUCUUUACGGUUAACAGGGUCAACUAACCAAAACCUUUGCGGUUCAUCACCAGUUACGGAUCGUAACAACUAUCACCAUCACCCCGAUCACUCCGAUAACUGAUACCCAGUGCCGCGAGUGGAAUGACAAUGAAGCGAGUCUAGAGGUACCGGCAAGUUCUCCUGUGAAAAGAAGUGGAACUAAACAAGCUAGUGUUUUUAAUAUGCAAGGAACGCGGGUCAUACCCGUACAAGUUCAGAAAGAAAUCCUGGGAAAAGACGAGCAGAUAAAAGUUCUCUUGCCCGUACGCUGGUAACCUAGCCCUGCCGUACGCAGGUUUCUUGAGUCCCGCCCUGCCUAUCGAGAAAAGUGAUUGGAAUAACUAUCUUCCUUCCAUUGAAAUCUGAGCAUCGCUAAUAGGAGAUUUUCUUAUAUUUCCAUGGUAUUCCUCCCUUCGUCAUCUUCGAUUUGCAGAUUUUAAACAAACGGCUAUACGAGUUUUUGAGUACCAACGAAGGAGUGCCAAGGAACUAAAUUAGCUCGAGUGGAGCUGGGCAACCAAUUCAAUGACUUUUUCGUAAUGAAAUGACUUGACUGCUGGUUGAGAGUCAAAAAGAUACCAAAGCCAGUGGUGGAACGGAAGUGAUUAGGGGAAGGAAGGAAAGAAAGGUAAAGAAAGAAAGCUGAACGUAACGGAAGUGAAAAGAGCGAUUCCCCUAUCGACAAAAGUGAUAAAUUACAAUUUACCUACCGCUUGCCUUCUACAGGAUGGGUCCCCUCCCUCCGUAGGCUUACGGCAACAAGACCAAUCCGCUCGAUCCACUAAUAAAAUAAGUUGGAGACUACUAAUCUGCCAAAUCUGCUGUAGCUUUCCCAACGCCUGGGGGCUUAGUUACGUAUCAUAGGUAAAUCUCUCCAAAGUCGUUAGCCUAUCGUCAUACUAUGUUAUAGCCCGCCCUUGCCUAGUUGACAGCUUUUUUGAUAUCUGCUUUUAUGACUCUAUUGACCGUAGGCCAACGUUUGACUUCCUGGAAAAGAGUGAUAGCGCCCCGUCUCGGCCGAAAUCCAUGCGAAUGCACGGAAAAUAGAGGAUCAAAUAACAGGUUCAAUAAGUGGGCUAGUCCUAGCCCUCCAUUACGAUCCUAUCUCUCUCCGCAGGUUGAGUUAUAGGUCGAAACAUUCCCGGUUUGUUCGCUUUUGGUAUGAACGACCGAAACAUUGCCGAGAAGCGAAAGGUUGAUGUCAACAACUCACACUGAAUUUCCUCCAGUUCCUCCCUUUGUGGCAGAGCGAGCGCCUUGACUAAGAUAGAUUGACUCUUUCAUUCUUGCAGCCUAUUCUGGUUCCAAUCGCGUUUGAGGAAAACCCCCUUUGGCAUCAAUGAAACUCUGUGAUAUAGGAGUUCACUCAUUUCGUUUGAGAGAUAGUGGAAUUUAUUCUUUCAACACGUACAUCGACGAGGGUGUCGAUGACUUGAGUGAGGGUGAGGAAUGGUCAUGUGCUAGAGGCCGUACCGUUGGAGUAAGACCUCAACAAGGGGGUGUGCAGUUUAAAUGUAAAUGACGAGCAUGGAGAGGCCAAGGUCAUUUGUAAUUAGGUGUGGCUGAUGCAAGAAGACUGGCGAGCUGUCCAUGGUGAGACUCGUUGUGAUGCUACUGCAGGAGGCAUCCUGGUGUAGUUGAGGGCGCAGGACUUCUGUGCGGGUACAACUGGCACUUAAAAGACCUUCCGUGUAGAUGAGUUCUCUUGAGUGAGACUAAUCGAGUUACGAAGAAACCUUUGCGAUGGUGCUGUGCAGUUGGGUUCUCUAUGGAGGAACUUCGUUGUGGGGACCAAGGGGUCUUCUUAAGAAGAGUUGCUUUGAUGAAAAGAGUGUAGCCAUGAUGGCAAGUCAAGGUGGGGCCCUGUGAAGGCAAGCCUUGUGUAUGUUGGCGUGAUGACGAGAGAAAGGAAAUGACCUUGAACAAUAGCAGUCUGUAGCACACCCUGCAAUGACUUCGACCAGCGGACCAGCCUAUCCAAUACCCUACGCCAUGCUUGAUGGCUUGGCCUGUGGCUUUGUUGACCAGUGCAAAGGCCCGACAACCGUUCUGAGAGUCGCUGGAGAAUGGCCAAUAAGCUGGAUUCCCUCCUUGCUUUACCUACUUUUUUUCCAGCGACUGCUACUGAUUCCUUUAUUUCCCACGUAACCUUUACUUCUAUCUGGAGAAGAUCCAUUACCUAGCUCUUAUUCCGGCAUGAUCAAAUCGAUACCAACAUUCAAGAGCGGAUAAGGCUAAAAAGAGAAAAAGCAGGGCUUAGGGGGAGGAAUCCAUUUAUUAUUUAUUUAUUAGCCUUAGCCUAGGCCCAACUAUGUACAGAAAUCUAUCUAUUAUUGCCUGCAUCGACAGCAAAGUAAACUCUCGCUGAUGAUAGAAGAACAACUCUUAGGGCAGUAGCAAGGAAACUAUGAGCUAUUUAUUGUUCCUUUCUUAGACAGGCUACAAGAUAAAGGAUGGCUUAUGGUCUAUUUUCUUACUUUACUAUCCUGCCUGACUUGGCAAAUAAAAGAGAACCCCAUUUCGCCCGGAAUUGGACUUGUUUGCUACCUUGGGAAAUCUUUAUGCUUACCUACUUGCUGACCUUAGGAUAGGAAAUGCAUAUUACCUGAAAGCUAGUCGCUCGGCUGGCACGCUAUCAAAGCACUUAGGAUUGGCUGGAACAGAACCCCCGAGAAACUUUUUAACAUUUCGGAGAAUAUAGAGAGGAGGGAGAUAAAUGUAUAUUUUGUAUCGUUUCUUCGAUACCUCGCUUACGUUUAACUUCCCUUCACCAACCUCAGAGGGUACUACGGGCUUAGACUCUCUAAGAUAUCCAUCACUAAACUAAAGAAAGUAGCGAAAAUCAUAAGAGAAGCUUUGUGUUCAGAAGGUUGGGAAGGAGUACGCCCGGUUUGUCUUGAUUUGCUUCAUCCAUGAUUCCCCUUGUGGAGUGAAGUGGAAUGCUAAAGAUACAAAAGUGAACCGUAGGAUCUCGUCUUACCCCAUUGACAAAACUUGUCCAAGAAACCCUGUAUGUAUCGACUAUGUAAAUAAAGCCCUAAUGUUUCAAUUCCGCAUACACCAAGAACGACCAAUUAGCUCUAGCCAAACCUUGAACAUAAUUUUUCAUUUAUGCCCAAAAGGGACAACUGGUUUUGCCCAUUGGUUCAAAGAAGUAUUCAAAUUUCCUUGGAUGUGUAUUAUUCUUCUGGAUUUGGUCGGUUGUAUUAUAUAUCGACUUUAAAAUAUAAUAUAAAAAUUGAGCAUUCUACUGUCAAUGAAGUACAUACUAAAAUUGGGAAAUGUUGAGCUCUAUUGUUUGGAAUAGGCUCGCUCCAUCCUUCCGCCCGGCUGUGCUUUUACCUUUUUUUUUUGGUAGUGGUCUCCUGGUAUUUUUUUUUGAAACGCCUGCCUUUUCCAAUGAUGGUGGAACCAGAUCCAACACUUUCGGGAUAUCUCCCCGUGCUGCGCUCAGCAUGUCCCACCAUCUGAGCUAACCUGUCCUUAGCACGGACAGCACUCAAUAUCUCGCAGCGGAAGCGGAAUAUGUCUACCGGAGUACGCUCCGCAAAGCUCCUCACUCGGCACACAAUCUAUAUCCAAGUCCCCCAUCGCACUCCACAAGUUUGGGACGACCCCUUUCUUAACGGUGCCUUAACACAAGGCUUCCCUACUAAACCAGUACACUAAGUACGGGAUCACUACUCAUGACUCCUUGGUCUUCAUAGUCCUCGAGAACACGAUCAACAAUGUCUCCCAUACAUUGUAUGACGAAAUGCCUCCUCACUAUCCAAUCAAAAACCGGACUUCCAAGAUCCAUCUCACUCAGACCCUUUUGAAUGUAGCGGAUAACAACGGAGCGGGGCUAUCGAAUUGAUAUGUAUUCGAAUCUUAGGAGCUGGUAAUCACUGAUAUGCUCAUAUUGGUGACGUUAUUGUUGCUGUAAUCAAAGAAGCAGUGCCCAAAAUGCCUCCAGAAAGAUCAGACAGAAGUAAGACGAGCUGUAAUUGUACGUACAUGUAAAGAACUCAAACGUGACAACGGUAUGAUAAUACGAUAUGAUGACGAUUGUCAUUGAUCAAGAAGGAAAUGAAAUCCAAAAGGAACUCGAGGUGCGAUCGCUCGGGAAUUGAGACUUAUGAAUUUCACUAAAAGAGUCUCAUGAGCUCCUGAGGUAUUAGAAAUACUAGUAGUAGAGACUAUGAUAUAGUAGGGUACCUGAAUAUAGAUCAAUUAGUAGAUUGUGUCUGACGCAUAUACAUGAAAAAAGCAAAUAAUUAUAUAAUAAUAAGAAAAAGAAUUCUAAUCUUAAUAAAAGGAAGGGUUCGAAUAGCAUCUACUAAUAUUAUAUUACCGAAAACUUUGUGAAAAUACUUCUACGAGAAGGUUUUAUUGAAAACGUUCGAAAACCAUAGGGAAAGUAACAAAUCUUUCUUGGCACGUGCCCCUGCUCCUGGUCUUCGAACUAGUCAUUAAUGGUCGGCAACAUAGGUACCGUACCCUUUUUCGGUAUGCGUUGCGAACACUUUCAUUUUUAGCGUCUCAUCUUCUCUGGAGAAGCUCAAAUCGAACGGAUAGAGCAGAUGGUCCAACUACAGAACUUCUUCUUUUUCAUUACUUCCAUGGUCGUGCCCCGUGGCACGGCAGCACCCGUACUAUUGAAAUGGUUCGUCAGUAGAGAUGUUCCCACUGGUGCCUCUUUUUCCAAUGGUACUAUAAUUCCUAUUCCUAUCCCUUUAUUCCCUUUUUUGGUCUAUCUACAUUCAAGGAAAUUCAUACGCUCCAUGGACAGAGCAAAAAGUGGAGUGUUGGUCAAAGCAAGCCGCCCUAUUCUAUUACCAGACAAAAUUGGGAGAAGCUCAUCCGCUAGAAAUGCUUUAUUUCGUUUCGUUCCCGUUCUUCAUUUCCUUAUUAUCGAAUCCAUGGGGGACUUGUCAUAUUUAGAAUCUUUCUGCGGUCUGCUCUGUUUACAAUUCUUUCGUACUCUCUUCUCUUUACCACGCGAUAGGUCAGCGAAGCGUGAGCGGGCGCUCCGAAGUAAAGGCCAAACACUUCGGCCUAAGGGGAAUGAGCAACAAAAUGACAAGAUGAGGUGCCCCGGGCACCCCCAUAUAGAAAGAAGGGUCGAAGGUUUUGGGCCUGUAGCUUUCCCCGCCCCCCCCUCGUCGAGUGGUGCUUGUUUGGGGGGUGUGCCACCUGAAAUCGGGCUUGAAGCUCUCGCCUUACCAACGAGCCGACUGUUGAUGGCUGUUGGUCACGACUACUACAAAAAAGUGAAGAUGAAUCUUUCUAUUUCACAUGGAGGAGUGUGCAUCUUUAUGUUGGGUGUUCUUCUGUCUAAUACGAAUAAGAUACAGUUCACUCAACGAUUGCCUUUGGGUCCCGAACUCCAUAUGGGGAAGGAACGUUGUUGUUUGCGAGGUCUCGAUCAUUUACAUGGACCCACUUCUCAUUCCAUUUGUGGGAAUUUUUUGAUUUAUAAACCGUCCCCAACGAGCGAAAGGUUCAUGUUUGAACAUGAUGAAUCACUUCGUGCCGACCUGUUGCCCAUAAACUUUCCUGCCUCAUAUGAGAAUGGAAAACUGGAAGAUUUUCUGCAUCGGUGGAUGAAGAAUCACGAACAUAAGAAUUUCUGGUUUAGCAUGUUCCCAGAAAGAAGAUACUUUUUUUCCAUUCGAGAAACGAGGAGUACGACUGAAGUGGCUAUACAUACAAAUCCAUUUACGGAUCUAUAUGCUCCGAUUGGAACUGGAAGUUCCAGAACUGGCGGCUGGUAUACCACCAUAAUGAAAUUGCCUUUUAUUUUUAGUAUUCGGAUAGGAUUUCUGUUGGCUUCAUCGGGAGGCUCGCGUAGUUUGUUACGUCAACUCCAAAAGGAUAAGUUGCAUUGGAAUCGAGAAAGUUUCGUUCAUAAUUGCAUUAAAGGAGACUAUGUUUGGGACCGGUCUGGGUUCGGCUCAUCAACUCGAACGGUCAAUGCUGGCCUGAUACCAGCAUCGUUAUACGUCACAAGUUGGGGUGGUUGAACAGGAAAAACAACAAGGCAGGCGAUAGGAAAAAGCAAAGGGGAACUGGUUAAAACUAAACAAGGAAAGGAACCGAACCGUUGGGAUAUGCGAAUUCGAUUACCAGAUCGGAUUGGAGGAAAAAGCAAUAGUCCCUCCACAUGAUAUUUCUCAUAUAUAGAUCCAAAUCCAUUGCUGCGAACGGCUGCUCGUAAUCGGCAUGAUAGCGAAGCGAGCUCCUUUACGAGUACUACGAAGCGAGGCCUACAUUCCUUUUACGCGCUCAUCUUCUUUGACCCGGUAUGAGAGAAGAGCUCGGCCUGCUUAGCCAUCAGUUAGUGCCGAUGCAUGACUUCCAUUCGAAGACAGGAACGGUACUUCCAACGGCUCAUCGCGGAUGUCAAGGGUACGGGUGAAAUCUAUUCAAUGGUUGUAUUGGCAAGGCAUGCUUGUGAUUGGCAUGUUCCGAGAAGAGCACGGCUAAGGGCAAAGCAGACAAGGCACGGGUCCUAUCCGCGGAUUCGCAAUAGUUCUAGUUCCUCGAAAGGACAUCGUUCGCUUGCGGCUGAAGUGGAGAUACGGCAGUAGUUCCUAUCCGGUUUUCAACGGCUAAGGGUCGGUCCAUAGAACCCUCGGUUUCGGCUUUCCUAGUCGGCUUUUUCCACGAGUUGGAUCGUAUAAUGAUGAUCGGAACUGAUUCCUUUCCUUCCUAUCCGAAUACCGGAAACGGCCUUCCUAUUUGGAAAAUCCUAUCCUGGUUCUGUUUCUGUGUAAGCAACUAUUGCCUUACUUGAGGAUGAGUUUUCCCCUUGCUUUGCAACAACCAAAUUCCCUUUUCUUCCAAGCAAAGCAAGACCUAUUCCUUUCAAAAUUCGUACUUCUGCAAAGCUUUAGGGGUUUAGAGAAAGGGUCUUUCUUUCUACCUAUGACGAAUAACUUCUUAUUAUCAUGGCGACAGGCAUUGUAAACCUACUUUUCCUACCUCCAGAUGAGGAGGCCUUAGGACAAACAUUCCGAAGUCACUGGAACGGCAGUGAUGUGAUCCUGUGUCAAAGUAGAGCAGUAGCGAUAGUGAAUUACUAUUCUCAUUAACAAUAGGGCCUUUCUUCCGAUCUUAUCCAAUUCGUUACGUUUUCUGAUUGCACUACUUCCUUCUAAUCCAACAAUUUGAAACCUAAUCUAUAAUAUCCUAAUCCAUUAAUGAAUGCGAUCUUCCCGUUUAUCUCCAUCUGCAGGGCUAGGAUUUCUUCUUCUCGAUAGUGAUGAGGCUAGUGCUCCUUCUCUUCUUCCCAAUUCCUGGAAGCCUUCUACUCCUCGAAACCCUGUCUUUUGUUUGAUUUAGUUACAGAUGGACUAUCAAAGAUAUUGGCUAGAGGUCAAGAUGCUGGGUGCCAUGGAUCGAGUGAUCAAAUCAGAAUAGUUUUCAAAGUGAAAUGUUGCUCCUAAGAAAACUCGUAUAGUAGUCUCAUUGGCCUUCGUCGAUGGGACAAACGCGGAAGUGUAUGCGUUACAAGGCAACUAGCAUUUUGUUUUGUCAUGGAAUGAAAGAAUGUUCUUGUUUUUCGUUGGAAAAACCAACGCCGACGUCAAGAUCAGUCUCCUUUCUCUUUUCGGGAGCAGAGCUUCAAAAGAAGGACAGUAACGAUCGCGUAAUAUCAAUUUAUCGGCCUCGUCAUCGAAAGCGGCUUCCAAUUGCUCGGAAAUUCUCAGCUAUAUGGGGGACUUUGAUGGUGAGCAAAAAGAAUUGAUCAAGAAAUUGGUAAACUUUCGCAUGAUCGAUGGUAAAAGAACGAGAGUUCGUGCUAUUGUUUAUAAAACUUUUCACCGCCUAGCUCGAACUGAACGCGAUGUAAUCAAACUUAUGGUUGACGCCGUAGAUAAUAUAAAGCCAAUAUGCGAAGUGGUCAAAGUAGGAGUCGCAGGUACUAUUUAUGAUGUUCCUGGGAUUGUAGCCAGGGAUCGUCAACAAACCUUAGCUAUUCGUUGGAUCCUUGGAGCAGCUUUCAAACGACGUAUAAGCUACAGGAUAAGCUUAGAGAAAUGUUCAUUUGCUGAGAUACUGGAUGCUUACCGAAAGAGGGGAAUUUCACGUAAGAGAAGGAAGAAUCUUCAUGGACUGGCUUCCACCAAUCGGAGUUUCGCGCAUUUCAGAUGGUGGUAAAGUGAUACCACAUAAGGAGCUCUUCCUCAUUCAGUCAUACUCAACAAAAGUCAGAAAUGUUUGACCCUGAUCCUUUUUUCAUCUUCAUAUAGAAAGAAAAUCGGCCUUCCUCAUACUCCCCC